CAGGUGCUGGAAAACUACUCUGAUGCUCCCAUGACCCCAAAACAGAUUCUGCAGGUCAUAGAGGCUGAGGGCCUGAAGGAAAUGAGUGGCACUUCUCCCCUGGCCUGCCUCAAUGCCAUGCUUCACUCCAACUCCCGGGGAGGCGAUGGACUCUUCUACAAGCUGCCUGGACGCAUCAGCCUUUUCACACUCAAGAAGGAUGCCCUGCAGUGGUCUCGGAACACGUCCGUGCCCGACGGGGAGGAGCUGGAGGACACGGCGGAUGCAGAAAGCUGUGAGUCCAAUGAAGCCAGCACUGUGAGUGGCGAUAACGAUGUGUCCCUCGAUGAAACCUCCUCUAAUGCCUCCUGUUCCACCGAAUCUCAAAACAAGGGACACUCCACUGCCAGGGAGAGCUACAGAACAGCCACACAGACAGCCAAACAAAAGAAGAAGACUGGUGUCAUGCUGCCACGUGUUGUCUUAACGCCGCUGAAAGUAAAUGGGGCACACAUGGAGUCUGCAUCCGGCUUCACAGGAAGGCACGUGGAUGGGGAGAGCAGCAGCACAUCCAGCAGUAGCAGCAGUUCUUUGGCCUUGUGCAAAGCCACCAUGCGCAGCAGAACAGAAAUAAAAAGGGAUCCUCCRCAGCUGUUGAGGGGUAUCCGAAAGCCCACAGCUGGGCAAAUGAAGCGAAACAGGGGUGAGGAUAUUGACUUUGAGACACCAGGCUCCAUUCUUGUCAACACAAACCUGCGAGCUCUCAUAAACUCCAGAACCUUUAAUGCCCUCCCAGCACACUUCCAGCAGCAGCUCCUUUACCUGCUUCCAGAAGUUGACAGACAGGUUGGGGCAGAUGGGCUGAUGCGGCUCAGUGGCAGUGCUCUAAAUAAUGAGUUCUUCACCCAUGCUGCUCAAAGCUGGAGAGAGCGACUCGCUGACGGCGAAUUCACCCAUGAGAUGCAAGUUCGAAUUAGACAGGAAAUGGAAAAAGAAAAGAGAGUGGAGCAAUGGAAAGAGAAGUUCUUUGAGGACUACUAUGGCCAAAAAAUGGGCUUGACCCGGGAAGAAUCCCAGGAGCAGAACCUGGUGAAAGAAGAUGCUGAGAACAGGACAAGGUUGUCUGCUAAGGGAGAAGCGAGACUGCAGCGUGGUCCUUCCACCCGGCAGCGAGAUGGGCGCUUCAAGAAACGGUCCAGGGCAGACCUGCGGUGCAGAGCCAGGAGGAGCCUCUAUAAAACGCGUGAGCCAGAGCAAGCAGAGGAUGACAAAGCCACAGUUUCUGUGCUACCAGACUCUGCACCUCAUAAAGAGUCAAAGCCGGAGAUAGAUCUAAAGAAAGACGAUCUAACAAGUGCUUCUGCUACAGUGCUGAAGCCAGAGAGUUCGGAAUUGCCUCUCUCUCCAGAGACUUCCAAAUUGCACAAUAAAUCGGAAGAUGUGUCGUUGGCAGCUGCAAACAGAAUUCCCAGUUUGCCCCAGGAGAACUCGGCUCGGGAGUCAAAGGAGCAGAAGAGGAAAUGCUUUGAGGAGGCUGCCUCCGCAUCCUUCCCCGAGAAGAAGCCGCGGCUUGAAGAUCGUCAGUCCUUUCGUAACACAAUUGAAAGUGUUCACCCAGAAAAGCCACAGCCUACUAAAGAGGAGCCAAAAGUCCCACCCAUCCGGAUUCAACUUUCACGUAUUAAACCACCCUGGGUGGUUAAGGGUCAGCCAGCUUACCAGAUAUGCCCCCGGAUCGUGCCCAGCACGGAGCCCAGCGGCCGCGGCAGGAGCGGCGCCAGGACCCUCGCAGACAUUAAAGCCCGUGCUCUGCAGGCCCGAGCCCAGCGCGAGGCCGGCGGCCCCGGCGGCGGCAGAGGYGCCCGCGGGGGAGAGCCGAGCGGCCGAGCGGAGCAGCGGCGGCCCCGGAGAGCCCCCGGAAGGCGGGCGGCACAUCUACAGCGAGCACAACUACUGCCGCCUGCCGCUGUGAGCGCGCAAGGCGCCGGCCCCGAGGCGGCCGAGGACGAUGCCCUCGUCCCCUCGAGCCAGGGCCCCGGUCCUCGCCAGGGCGCGGGACACGGCAGCCCCGUGGGCGCUGCCUCGCGGGAAGCUCGGCCUGGCGCCCCUGCACCCGGAGGGCAGCUCUGCGCUGCCUUGACCGCCUCCUCCUCUGACCCCGCGGCUGCUGAAAGGCAGGAGGGAGCUCCCGAGCAGCCGCYCCGCGCCGUAAGGACCGAGCGGCCCCCUUGCCGUGUGCCCCGGGCCCGGCCGAGCGCGGCGCUGCGGUCCCCGCUGCCCCCAGGGAACGGCCUGGGGGGUUCUCGGGAGCAGGGCACUGCCCCCGUGCCCGCGGGAGCCGGCGGCACCGCGGCGGCGCUGCAAGGGGCCACUUCUCCCACAGCACAGCGGAGCUGUCCUGCUGAUGCGAAGGAGAGGUCCUCCCGUUGUCCUGAUCUUCUGCCGGAAUCGUCAGCGGAUGGUAAAGAGUGUCACGAGCCAAAAAUGAUCCCUAGCUUUAGAUAUAAUAGCUCUGAAACGUUUGUGGAGAAGUGUGUCGCUGACGGCGAUAACUCGAGAGCAGUGCCUGUUGGUGAGGAGGASGUGGCUCCUGCGCUGUGUGGCCUCGCACACCUGCAGCCAGAGCGGGAGAGCGGCACCAAACCAGAUGAUGAAGAACAGAACACAGAGGCGAGGCCCUUCUUACGUGAUGAUUUCACUGCUCCAAAUAGGAUCGAUACUUGUGGAAAAGUCCCACAGCUGAGGGAGACRGGACACAGAACAGAGGCAGAACCUGCGUGUCUGCCCCCGAGGGAGACCGGGCAGUUYCUGGCAGAUGGAGAUGAGGAAGUACAGAGCACGCACAGCGAGACAACAGAUACUGCCUCCGAUUUUGAAGCUGACUUAGCUGAUGAGAAUGUAGAGACGGGUUUAUGUUACAGAAGCGCCAGUUCAAGGGAGGCAGCUGGGAAAGACUCCUCUUGUGAGAGCGAUGCUAAGAGGUGUGAUAGAAUGAGACCCAAGUCGCGUGUGGAGACGGAGAGUCUUGGCUGCGUGGACCUGCCCUCCGCCUCGGCACCGGGCAGCUUGUCCUUGCCCCGGGCAUGGGGACCGGUGCCACCAGUGCCACCGGGCUCCACUCGGCCCACGGCCUCUCUUGAGAGCAGCAACCCACUGGUGAUGCAGUUACUGAAGGGGAAUCUUCCCCUGGCAGGAGUUCUCCCAGUGUCUCAUGCCAGCACGAAGCUGGGAGUGGCGGCGGCGCCUCUGGAGCGGCCGUCGGAGAGCCCCUCCGUGCAGGCCGAGAGAGGAGACGGAGGCUGUUUUGGCAACGAGUCUUCUCGAGAUGGAGAAAUGACAGGGGCCCUAAGCAGGAGCGAAGACCUGCGCUCUGCGAGACCCUUCCUAGAUCCCCAGGGAACGCAGGGCGGGUCAGCAGGCACGGAGAAUCCAUCUGUUCCAGAAAAGCAUUCCAAAGUUGGUUCAGCUUUAAUCCGUCAGGAUCAACGGGCAAACGUGGCAAGCGCCUCUCAGAAGCCUGAAGACGUGGACCUUCGGGAAAGAACCCUUUCCUGCAGCUUUGAAGAGCAAAAGGAGUUGUCCAAGGCCCCUCGGGGGCCGGAGCACAGCCCCUUGGCAAGUGUCGUCACCAGUAAAACCCCAGAGAAGGGAAAUCCAUCUGUAGGGCCCAGGUUUUUAUCUCCAAAUGCAACUUUUGGACCAAAUCAGACAGGAGGGACCUCAGUCGGUAAAAGUUAUGCUGGAGUUCAAGGCAAAAAGCUUUUUGGUUCUGGUUUUCCUUGCAACACCAGCGUUCGGCUACACCACACAAGGGCUUCGGAUCAAGUUUCAGCCAUGGGAACCUCGUCCCCCAGCAAGCAGAUUCCUCUGAACAAGAGCUGUGCAUCUGGAGAAGGAAUGCCAGCUGCAAGGGAAGAAUGGACUUCAAAGCAGCACACGAACACCCUGGGAGAAAUAACGAAUGAGAACGUGUUGGCGUGUGGCGGCCCGGCCAAGAAUAACGUGGAGAAGCGGAAGGAUGCGGCCCAGAACCCCGCGGAGCUCGGGGAGCAUUUGCAGGGUGUUCCACUGCUUAUGGACCUGCCCUUCUUCAAGUUUGCGAGGGAGCAAGGGAAAGGGCCCAGUCAUCCCUUGGAGCCUUCUUCCAUACCCUCCCAGCUCAAUAUCAAGCAAGCGUUUUAUGGGAAGCUUUCGAAGCUGCAACUUAAUUCCACCACCUUGAAUUAUUCAUCCGGCGCUCCAGCUUUUCCCAGAAGCCUUGCUGGGAGCAUGAUGCAGCUGAGCCACAAAGCGAACUUUGCUGCGAGCCGCAAUCCCUCCCUGUCCGUGCAGAUGUUUGCAGACAGCAGCAGCGUCGAAGAAAUAGCGUUCAAGUGUUCGUGCAGCCUUAAAGCCAUGAUCAUGUGUAAAGGCUGCGGGGCGUUCUGCCACGAUGACUGUAUAGGGCCCUCCAAGCUUUGUGUAUUGUGCCUUGUGGUGAGAUAAUAAAUUAUGGCCAUGGGACAAAUUGUAUAUUCAGUUGUGUGUAUUUUGAUAAGGACUGUUCCUAAACCCUGUACACAGAAUACUCUGUUUAUAGUAGAUAUGCUAUUCCACUUUGUUUUGGUGAGGAAACUCGACUCGCUUCCCCCUGCAAGGCGCAGCGCGGAGCCGGCUGUGCCCGCGGAGCCGCCCUCCC